AUGGGGCGCGUCGAGGUGCUCGGAGAGGGGGCAUCCCUGCAGGACCUGUGUGCUCUCAUCGACAAUCCCGACGUGUCCGAGAUCGAUCUUGCCGGCAGAGUCGUCGAGACGCAAGGGUGCCUACACAUCCGGCGAGAGGGCCUGCGGGUGAAGAACGGGACUCUGGCAAUCACAGGCGGUGAUGUGAAGGUCAGCAGCGCGAAGGGCGACGUGUCCUGCUGGGUGGCGGGGGUCGUCGUCGAUGCGCCCAACUGUGUGUUGGAGAAGGUUGUAUUGCGAGGCGUGCAGGGCAUCUCUAUCGUCGUCAACAAGGCGCCCGGAGCUGUCCUCAAGGUGCGGCUGUCGCGAUCGGCACGGGUCACGUUCGUGCGCCAAGCCGUCGAGUAG